GCUAAAUAACUCUUACCUGCAAGCAAGAAGUCAAAUUCUUAUGUUGAAACCAGUACCUACUGUUAAUCAGGCAUAUUCGAUGAUUCUUCGUGAUGAAACACUGCAGGUGUAUUGGGUACUGGUCCAGCCAACUUACAAGGUUCUUUUGAUGCUGUCAUGUGUUUAAGAACAAGUGGGAUUCAACAGAGGUUUAAGAAAGGUUAUAAUCUAGUUUGUGAUUUUUGCAAACUCAAAGGGCAUACUAGAAAAACAUGCUUCAAAAUUAUUGGGUACCCAUAGGAUUUUAAGUUCAAAAAGAAAGGAGGUAACAAUUCUGCAUACAAUGUAACUGGUGAAGUGGAUGAUGGUAUGAAUUCAAGUGCCAGCACUAGCUCUAGUGAUGCAAGAGAUGGACACAUGAGAGGUGAUGGAGAAUUCAAAACUCAGAAACAACAACUGGACUCGUGUGCAUUGACUAGAGAACAAUAUACUCAAAUCUUGCAGCUUCUUGAUAAAAAAUCAGAAGUUCCACAUUGUGUUAAUGCAGGAGGAACUCUUCGGUGGGAAGGUGAAGAUGAUUGGUAAAGAGGAGGGAGGAUUGUACAUUCUGUCCAGCAGUAUAGACAAAAUGUUAGCAGCUAGACACAUUUAUCAUAAGGAUAAAAUUACUGAAAAAAUAGAUACUCAGUUGCUACAUCAAACACUUGGUCAUGUUUCUAGUUAUGUUCUUAAGAAGUUGUUAAGUUAUAGUUUAGCUAAUAUUACAAAGACUGUAAGCAAAUGUGUUGUAUGUCCUUGUGCUAAACAAGCUAGAUUACCUUUUCAUGUUAGUGUAACUAGUAGCUUAAACAACUUUGAUUUAUUACACAUGGAUCUUUGAGGUCCUUAUAAAAAGCCUACUUUUGAUGGAUU